CAGUGUCUUUUUUUCUGGUCCCUCCUGCUUCAGUCGCUGCCGGCACAAUCCUUGGGACGCAGGUAUUUUCUGAUGGCUCUCCCGAAACCGUUCUUGCUCUGGCCAGUGCCCGCGCAGAGAGGGAAUUCUCCCAAAAGAGUGAAAUAUAUGAAGGGCAAUGCCUUUGGAUAGAAGCCCACAGACUUCUGAGCAUCAUCUCUACAGGACCAGAAGGGAGCUACAUUGGACUGAGAUGGACCAGACGCCCCCAACCUACAUGCUUGCUAAUUUAACCCUCUUACAUUCUGAACAGCUUCUGCAGGGUCUGAAUCUUCUUCGUCAACAUCAUGAGCUCUGUGACAUUAUUCUUCGAGUUGGUGAUGUUAAGAUUCAUGCUCAUAAAGUGGUGCUUGCCAGCAUCAGCCCUUAUUUCAAAGCCAUGUUUACUGGAAACCUUUCUGAGAAAGAGAAUAAUGAAGUUGAGUUUCAGUGUAUUGAUGAAGCUGCCCUGCAGGCCAUAGUGGAGUAUGCCUAUACAGGAACUGUGUUUAUUUCCCAGGACACAGUAGAGUCACUUUUACCAGCAGCAAAUCUACUCCAAAUAAAACUUGUGCUGAAAGAAUGUUGUGCGUUUCUUGAAAGUCAACUUGAUCCUGGAAAUUGCAUUGGGAUUUCACGUUUCGCAGAGACAUAUGGCUGUCAUGACCUCUAUUUGGCAGCCAAUAAAUAUAUUUGCCAGAACUUUGAAGAUGUUUGUCAAACUGAAGAGUUUUUUGAGCUCUCACAUGCAGAUCUAGACGAAAUUAUUUCCAAUGAUUGCCUUAAUGUUGUUACUGAAGAGACUGUUUUUUAUGCGCUAGAAUCUUGGAUCAAGUACGAUGUUCAAGAACGUCAAAAGUACCUAGCCCAGCUGCUUCAUUGUGUUAGAUUGCCAUUGCUGAGCGUUAAGUUUCUUACUAGGUUAUAUGAAGCAAAUCAUCUUAUUCGUGAUGAUCAUACAUGUAAACAUUUAUUGAAUGAAGCUCUCAAAUACCAUUUCAUGCCUGAACAUAGACUUUCCCAUCAGACUGUCCUCACGACACGACCUCGUUGUGCCCCAAAAGUGCUUUGUGCAGUGGGAGGGAAAGCUGGACUAUUUGCUUGUUUGGAAAGUGUUGAGAUGUUCUUCCCUCAGAAUGACUCCUGGAUUGGUUUGGCAUCCCUUAAUACUCCUCGUUAUGAAUUUGGAAUAUGUGUUUUAGACCAGAAAGUAUAUGUUGUAGGAGGCAUUGCAACUCAUAUGAGGCAAGGCAUCAAUUUCAGAAAACAUGAAAAUUCAGUUGAAUGCUGGGAUCCUGAUACAAAUACCUGGACAUCUCUUGAGAGGAUGAAUGAGAGCCGAAGUACCCUUGGAGUAGUUGUACUAGCAGGAGAACUUUACGCUUUGGGUGGUUAUGAUGGGCAGUCUUAUUUACAGUCUGUAGAGAAAUAUAUUCCCAAAGUUAAAGAAUGGCAACCUGUAGCACCAAUGUCUAAAACUAGAAGUUGUUUUGCUGCUGCCGUGUUAGAUGGAAUGAUAUAUGCCCUUGGUGGCUAUGGCCCUGCUCAUAUGAACAGUGUGGAACGUUAUGAUCCAAGUAAAGACUCCUGGGAAAUGGUUGCAUCAAUGGCAGAUAAAAGAAUUAACUUUGGUGUUGGUGUUAUGCUAGGCUUCCUUUUUGUAGUUGGUGGACAUAAUGGUGUUUCCCAUUUAUCAAGUAUUGAAAGAUAUGACCCUCAUCAAAAUCAGUGGACUUUGUGCAGACCAAUGAAGGAGCCCAGGACAGGAGUUGGUGCUGCAGUAAUUGAUAACUAUCUUUAUGUGGUUGGUGGUCACUCAGGAUCAUCCUAUUUGAACACUGUACAGAAAUAUGACCCUAUUGAAAACACAUGGCUGGAUUCUGCUGGUAUGAUGUACUGUCGGUGUAAUUUUGGAUUAACUGCACUUUGAGAAGUGUGAACUCUCAGACACAAUGUGAUGGUGAAUUUUGCACUGCAUGAAAAGAUGCCCAGUUUUCCAAGACCCAGAAGCUGCAUACUUUUCUUUUUUUAUUGAGAGUGGCAUGAAGAUUUAUUUAAAAUUUUAUUGGAUAUUUUAAAUUGAUAAGUAGCUUUGAAUACUCUUAAUUGCAUACUGAACUGAUAGAAUAAAAGGGGGCGGGGAAGUCCCCUUGCCAAUUCACUGGAGCACUUUUUCCUGAGACUGACUUGGCACAUGGUAGCUUGCAAUAGGCAUGUAUAUGAGGAGAGCCUGUUUUUGUUUUUUUAAUCUUCUCGCUUCUUCAGUGCAGUUUCCUGGAAUGGUAUAGGAGGUUCUUGAGUAUUAUAGGGAUGUACUAUUUGUUAAUAAUAGUUAUAUAUGUCUUCAAGUUAGAAUGGAACAUAAUGCUUCAUUUUUUGUUAAACAAAGUAACUCAAGGGCUGCCUUUUUUCAGUAACUUAAGGUUUGUAAAAUAAUUACCAUAGUUAGGCUGGCUAUGCCACCUGCUAAAUGGGUUUAGGGCUGGGAUUAGUUGGUGAAUAUUCAGUGAUAUAUUUACAAGGCAAAUGCCUCUCAUCAUGUUAUUUUGGGGCCAUGAAAAUUUUUUUGCAUUCAAUUUUUAUACCAUUUUUAUUUGGACAGAUUAAUGCUAGAUUAAUUUUGUUACCCAAGUAUAGGUCAUCUUGUUUUUGUCACUUCAAGAAGAGCAUGGAUGGAGAAUCAAAUUAUUUGUUUCAUGGUUUUCCUUAACAGCUCACAGAUUUCACAGACAGCUUUGAUGUAAGUAUUUGAAAGAGGUAGAAGUACUCCAGCCCCAAAUAGAUUUUUUCAUAUACUUGUGAUAAUUUUAUUUUUUAAGAAUGUAUAUUUGGUUUUUCAGUGUUGAGAUAUAAAAAUGGUGCUAACUGUAGGUUCUAUGACAAGGCUAUUACCAAUGUUCUUACAGUAGUUCAGUAUGUGUAAUGCAUGACAUUAAAUUGUAUUUUUUUUUUACUUGACUCAUUUGUGCCUAUAAGAAAUGUCGGUAACAAUACAUGCAACAUUUUGUUAUUUUUUAAAAGUCUACACAGCUUAGUUUUAUGUUCUGUUUUUUAUAGUUUCUGAAUUCAACCAAUUUUUCUUGUGAUAAUCCUUGCCCUUAAAAAAUGGAAAUAGAUUAUGUCAAGUAAAAAGCAACAGGCAAUUGCUUAUAUAUAAUUAAUUUGUAUAUAACACUGCAUACAUAUCCUACAAAACUGAAUAUUUAAAAUUAUUGAAGAAAACUGGAAUUUGAAUAUGUUUACGUCAGUAAGUUUGAUUUUUCUUUAGCUUAAGUUAAGAUUGUUUUGAUAUAGCCAGAAGAAAAUUUAAGGUUUUGAAAUAAGCAACUGGAUGUACUAUAUAAGUAUGUUUUAUUAAAUGUUUGAUGGUCUUAAGCAAGGAAUCACAUUAACUUGCAUUUAUUAUGAUGUUGGUACUUACGUUACCAAGUUUGGUAAUAUAGUGACUCCAGUCCCUUUCUCCUUGUCAAAUUAAUUACUUCAUCUUCUCAUUCCUUUUUUGUUAUUCUUGAAGCCAGUGUAUAUUUUUACCUCAAAAACUCAUCACAUACUACAUUCUUAAGUGCCAUAAUGUUCUAAACAAUUGUUAAGCCAUUUGUAAUUACAUUACAUAUAGGUGAAAUUUUAGUGUGUAUAUGAUGAUAUAUUGCAUUCCUGGAAAAACUAAUUGCAGCUAGGUAAUCCAGUUUCCUUGUUCUUCCAUAAACUUCCAGAUGUGGAUAUGAAUAUAUAUCAUAAAACAUAGCAUCAUGUUUCAGUUAUUUGCACAAACUAUAAAAUCUUGCAAGUGAUAUUUCCCUUGGCUAAGUUAGAAUACAACAGGAGCUACAAAUAAUAAAAUUGACAGGCUAGAUAUUUUCUUCAUUGUUUAUUUGAAUGACCUAAUGAUAUAUAGCAAUAAUAGUACUUUAUCAUUACUUUUAUUGUCUGAUAAUUAAAGAAGAAUACUCCAAUUGUGACGGGCACAAAUUUUACUGAAUAAAAAGCAAUUUAAGAUAGCUUCGUUUUGACUUAAAGCUCAAUUUGCUUUCUCUUUUCUAAACAAAUAAUCAAGUAUACCAUGUUUACAGAGAACUUGAUUUUUUAAAUGACUUUAAUUGCUUUUUCUUACCUUUAUUAGCAAAUAAGGGUAUUCAAAAGAUUGGGCAGUGCAGGCCAAUCUUUACAAUCUACUUUAUUUUUUUAAUAAUUUUAUUUAUGUGCUACCCCAUCUUCCAAAAGAAUUAACUGAUUUGAACUUAUGAAAUUAUUCAGCAAGCAAAUGAAAGAUACUUGUUGGUUAACAUCUUCUGGAAAUACAAUUAGAAAAUAUCCUUUGAAGACACAUGAAUUUUCUGCAUUGACUCGGAAUGGGAAAAUAGCCCUCUAAAAAUCUGUUUUAAGUUGCCAAAGUAUUGUAAGCAUUUUAUGUAUCCUUGGCAUCUAUGCAUAAUACAGAUAGUUCCACAAGUUCUUCUGGCUAAAUAAUCCAGGUAGUUAAUGAGUAUCCAAAUUAUUGAUCUGUUCUGAUAAGCUUGCAAAUGUAUAAGAUGGAAUCUAUUAUUUAAUAUACUUAUGGUGAAUUGUACCUAAAAUAUCGUUCUCAUAAAGGCUGAAUUUAACAUCUUUAGUCCUUCAAACCUUAUUUUGCUUAUGUUAGAGCUAGUCAGUGAGGGCCCAAUUUACCUAAACUUGUUUGGGCAAAAACAAUAAAGAUUAAAGUUUUGAAAUUAAAUGUUGAGCUAAAAUGAGAAAAACAAGCAGGAAAGGAUUUCCCCAUUUUGAAAAUCAGUUUGGAAUAACAAACAAGUCAGAUUUAAGUUGUUUCGAAUAAUACAAAUUGUGUUUUAUAGGUCAGGCCUGGAAGUCACUGUUCAAUGCCUCUCAGAUAUGAUUAAUAGAGACAGUAAAACAUCAAUUUGUCCUUGCUCUUAGUUCUUUUAAAUGUAUGUAAUUUGUUAUAUAACAUGAGUGGCAUUAGCAGUUGAUAGAAAAUGGCAUGAAAUGUAAAAAAAAAAAUAUUUAGGUAAGUAAAUGAUUCUAAGACUUUUCUUUAUUCCAACAUCUUAAAAUGAUUAUGCAGCUUAAUUGCCAAAUUAGAUAAGAGUAUCAACAUAAACAUAAUGCAUAGCCUAAAUUUUAGAAGUAUGAAAAGUCAUUAACAAAAUUAUGGAUGUUUUAGGAUACAGAAUUGCUUGGAAUUGGAUUGUAAUUCUAAAAGAAAAGUAAAAUAAUUAUUAUUAAAACAAUAAAACUUUUUAUGGCAUAUGAGGUUGUGGCUAAUGUUGAUUAUAUGGGUAGGGAAAAGAUAACACAUGUAUGUAUAAUACUAUGUUUAUUUUGUUUGAAAUGCUGUUGUUGUCUAGUUCACCCAAGUGCUCAUUUUUAGGAAAACCAGAUAAGUUCAAUAAGCUUGCUAUGACUUCUAUUCUGUCUUCUGUCUGAAAGUUAAGAUAUUUAAAUAAGAUGUCAAUGUCAAAUUAGCAUCCAGUUCUAAUUCUUAACCACUCCAUUUUUUUUCUUUGCAAAAGCACUUUAAGUCAGUAUGGUUAUUCUAUGGCUGAAGAUACAUUGGAUUUUCAUGUAAAACAUACUGAUUUAUUAUUAAUAUGUAGUAUCCCUUACAAUCAGUGGGAGAUUCAGUAGGUUUACAAAUUUCUGACUGGUAUGAUUUUAGAUACAAAUUAAAAUCCAGUUUACAUCUCUACAGAGAGAAAAAAAUCAUGUUAAACAUGUCUUUUUAUUACAUGUUACAUUUAACUGUAGGUAAUUAAUUGUAACUUUUGUCAGCUUAACAUUUGUAAACUCCAUUCAUUGUUUAAAACACUAAGCAAAAAGUUCCAAGUUUGCCUUAAAUUUCCAAGUGAAGUUAAAUUAAAGAACUGGAUGAUAAUGCCUAUAUUUUUGCCUUACAAAUUGUGCUGUAUUUAACCCAAGAUGACUUUAAUUUUUACAGGAUCCUGAAACUUUGUAGAUGCAGAGUACUAAUACUUUAAGUUCUAAGGAGAGUGGUGUGGCUGUGGAUCAGGUUGUUUAAAUGUAUUUGUUCUGUACUUCACGUCUGUGUGUAUCUUUCUAGCAGCAGGGUUUUAUUUUAUUUUGGUUUACAUAAUAAAGUGGCACCUAAUGACUUUAUAUUAUAAAAGAACUAAUGAACAUUCUUUUGGUUUUGGUUCACUGUUCUUAAAAGUUCUUUGCGUGUGCUGUUGUCUUAAUGAUAUCUAAUAAUUCUGUUGUAUUUCUUUUUAAUGUAAAACAUCUAAAAUAAAUCUGAAAAGCAUGUUCA